GGCGCCCAGAACCCUCCUUUCGGGCCACGCGGCGGCCGCGAGAGUCCGGGAGCGCUCAGGGGACAGAGAGGAAGAAGCGCGGUUAGAGGGGCCGGGGCUGUCGCUAUGGGGCUGGAGGCGGCGCGCGAGCUGGACUGCGCGGCGCUGGGCGCGCUGCUGCGGGAGCCGCGGGAGGCCGAGCGCACGCUGCUGCUCGACUGCCGUCCCUUCCUGGCCUUCUGCCGGCGCCACGUGCCUCCCGCCGGGCCCAUCCAGCUAACCGCCUCUCUCUUUCCCUGGCCUCUCUCUUUCCCUGUAGGCGGCUUCGACGACUUCCAGGCCUGCUGCCCUGAUCUGUGCUCCGAGUCCUCCGCCCCGGCCUUGUCGCCUGUUGGGGUCGAGAACAGCCGUUCUGACGCCAGGGCUCCCUUCUAUGACCAGGGCGGCCCUGUGGAGAUCUUACCCUACCUGUUCCUGGGCAGCUGCAGCCACUCCUCUGACCUUCAGGGGCUGCAGGCCUGUGGCAUCACCGCUGUCCUCAACGUCUCCGCCAGCUGCCCCAACCACUUUGAGGGCCUUUUCCGCUACAAGAGCAUCCCAGUGGAGGACAACCAGAUGGUGGAGAUCAGUGUCUGGUUCCAGGAGGCCAUAAGCUUCAUCGACUCGGUGAAGCACAGUGGAGGCCGGGUGCUGGUGCACUGCCAGGCGGGCAUCUCGCGCUCGGCCACCAUCUGCCUGGCUUACCUGAUCCAGAGCCACCGCGUGAGACUGGAUGAGGCCUUCGACUUUGUUAAGCAACGCCGGGGGGUCAUCUCCCCCAACUUCAGUUUUAUGGGGCAGCUGCUACAGUUUGAGACUCAGGUGCUGUGUCACUGAGGCAGGGCCGUACCAUGCUGGCUGCCCCAGGGCCACCGAGCUCCUCAGUUCAGGGAAAGCUGCCCCUUUCCUGGAAUUUGAAAAGCCCCCAGGUGGCGUUGCUGGGGCCGUGGGAAUGCUGGACUUUCUCACCUGGUGCUCUUCUGCUAGGCAUGAGGGCUGGUCCUCAUCCGGGAACCAGAAAGGAGGGCGUGUCUGCUUCCCCUCCCCGCUCUGUCUUCUGGCAGAAACUGACUGGACUCUACACCCAUGGAUUCUCAUUGGUCCCACCAUCGUGUUGAAGCCCUUGGCAGCCAGAGAGCUACAGGGGAACAAGCUGUGACAACCAGGAGCCCUGUCUGGGGGAGGGGGGUGGUCCACUACAGGCCCAGAGUCUGCGCCUUGAGCUCCUGGGGAGCUGGGCGUCAGGGAAGUGACGCGUCUGUGGCGUCCGGACCUCUGUGCUUACGUGUGCGCACGUGUGUCUGUGUGAGCGGUUGGCGCCUGUAUUGGCCAGGCGCUGGAAA